GUCAAAUGACACUGGAUUUCGGUAUUCAAAACCGUGUGUUUAGUUGUUUACUGUUUACAUACGUUCCGUGAAUCGUGAUUCGUAUACAAGAAGUAAUUUGUAUAAUAAAGAAAAGUUGAAGUAUGAAUUACUCUAAUUGUUUCAACAAAUGAUAAUUUAGGUUAUUAUAAUGGAACGUGGUAAAAUGUCUUCAAGCGGCCGAGGAGGCAAGAGUAAAGCACCGCAGCAUCCUCAAGAUAUAUUCGCUCUGGGCAGCAAGUCCACUGUUGUUGUCUCCAGAGACUCGGAGAAACGAAAUAUUCACAAACCUUCGACGAGUGGUGUUGCAGAAAGAAAACGAGAUGGUACAACUUUUGGUAGCCAGCCUCCAACAAAGAGAUCUAGGAUAGGUUCGCCAGCAGAGUCUGUGAGUGGGACAUCUUUAGAAAUAGAUCCAGUAGAUCUAGUUCCAAAUGUAUUGCAAGCUCUUGAUACUCACAAUUCAGACAAACUUCUCGGUCUACUAACUGGUUCCAUUCGCCUAUUAAAGUCUCAGCGUUCAAAACCAGACCCAAUACUGUGUAUGAGCAUGUUGUAUUUAACUAAAAUUAGGCCAAAUAUGUUUGCUCAUGAGACUGUGACACAAACAUUAUGUACUUUGCUGAAGAGAGAACAAGGUGUGGCCUUCAAGAGUAAAGGCAAUCCCUUGGUGUUUGUACUGGCUUGUAAUAUGCUGUAUGCUGCUCAUAAAGAUAGUAAUAAUUGGCCCGACACAUUCAUAAAGGUUUAUAUAGAGGAUGCCUUAAAUGAGAGAUGGUGGGUUGACUGCACUUGGUGCAAGUGCUUAGUUGAGAAUAUUGUCACAGCAUUCGGCACUAAACAACCUCCCUCACAUCUCAUACCCACAGAUAGUGCUCUAGGAACCAUGUCCCCAUCAGGUUCUGGGUCACCUCUUAUGGGAACAACUGAGGAUGAGGUUGAUACUACAGAUUUGGAGUACAGUGUAUUUCCGAGGUACUCAAGUAGCUACGAGACAGUAGAAGCCCUGGUGCUGGAGGCUAUAAAGGAGCAAAUACAACGUCGCGCUGCGCCUGACGCGCUCGGGAAAGGGUUCCUCAAGUUGCUGUCGGCUACUUGCGGAUUUCCUGAGAUUCGCAUGAUAGCGGCUAAUCGACUGGAGGGCUGGCUGCACUCCGGGAAGGUGUGGCGCGCGGCGCAGGAGUUGCUGGCCCACGUGUGUGUGAACGCGGCCGCCGCCGGCGCUAGCGCGGCGCGCGACCACGAGGUGCUGGCGCAGCUGGCUCGCAUGAGGCUCAAGACCAAGCCGCUGCAGACCGCCUACCAGGCCUGUCUGAGGGAGAUGGUGUCGGAGAGUCCCGGCCUGCUACGUAGCGUGGUGACACACAUCAUCUACAACGAGCUGUCAACAGUGCGGUCGCCAAACAACAUGGCCGUCCUCGCCGCGCUCAUACACGCGCAGCCUCACCUCGUGCCGGCAGCCAUGGCCGACACCUACCAGGAGCUGCUGCUGCGCACGGAGGACUUCCUUCGACCGUUGCGUGCGCUCACCCGCGAGUGUAUCCGCGCGGCGCGCUCCGACACGCAGGCGCUGCUGCCGCUGGCGCGCUCGCUGGCGCACCCGCCGCCGCACGAGCCGCCCGCCGAGAUUCGCGAGCGAGCAUUCUCGUCAAUAGCGGACCUGUUCUGCUGCUGCUGCCUGGUGACGGCGGCGCACCGUGCCCACUGCGCCGACUACCGCGCCCACCUGUGUGCUCUGCAGCAGCAGGCGCUGGCCUGGAUGUUGGACACGGCCGUGCCGGUCUACCGCCCGCAGCGACACGAGUACCAGCUCGCGCUCAACAAGAUAAUGUUCCUGGAGCCCGCGGAGACGUACAGCAAGGUGGACAACUGGCCGCCCGAGUCGGAGCGGGCACUCACGUACCGCCUGUGCUGCGAGGCGCCGCUGCCGCAGAACACGCUGCUCAGGCUGAUCUUCAUCGGCAUCUCCAAGGACACGCCGGUGUCGGGCGCCGAGGUGUUCGAGCUGCUGGAGCAGCUGGUGCGGCGGGCGAGCGCGCUGCCGCCCGACGACUCGCCGCUGGGCCCGCUGCACCUCGACAAGCUGGAGAUGCCCGACUACAUCUUCCAGCUGUGCCAGUUCCACCCGCCCGACAACAUCGCGCUGCCGCCCGGGUACAGCCCGCCGGCGCUGGCCAUCACGUCGCUGUACUGGCGCGGCUGGCUGGUGCUCACCAUGCUUGCGGCGCACAACCCGCACACUUUCGCCGAGCGUGCCGCAAAUGCGUACCCCACGCUUCGUGCGCUCAUCGAGUGCUGCAUCACCGGCAAGCCUUCCAUAGAGUGGAGCACGGUGCCCGCGGAGACGGAGCGCAGCGAGGCGGAACGUGCCGCCAUCUUGCAGCUGGAGACACACCUGGCCGCUGCCAGCACCAGUGCCAAGCUGCCGGUCACCGAGCACUCCUCGCGCCUCCUCAGCCAGCUGACACUGAUGGAGCCGCUGGGCCCGGCGCGGCGGCCGCCGGCGGGUGUUCUGGACGCACUUCAAACGCUGAGCUCGCAGCUGCGCCUGGGCCGCCUGCUGUGUCGCCAGCCCGCGCUGCUGCUGCAGCUGGUGGAGCGACACGGCACGCGCCGCGCCAUGCCCUGGCUGCACCAGCUGCUGCGCCACGAGCGGCUCGAGCUCAGUGUGCUGCCGGUGCAGUGCCUGUGCGAGUUCCUGUGUGCGGGCGGCGGCGACGGCAGCAAGGCGGGCGAGCUGAGCGCGCACGUGCGGCGCACGCUGCAGUCGGAGGAGGGCGCGCGCGCCGUGCUGCACUACUACCUGCAGCGGCUGGCGCACGCGCACAGGCCCACGCGGGCCGCCGCCGCCAGGGGUUUGAAGUUGGUGUUGUCGCCGUCGGACGACGCAAGUGAUUUGGACUACAAUGCCGAAGUUAGCCCAGAGACGUGGCUGCCGCUGCUGCCGUCGCUGCUGCACUGGGAGGCGCUGCGGAGUGAAGCGCUGCGGCGUAUCCGCGCGGCGCUGCUGGUGGAGUGCAUCCCGGCGCACCUGGCCGCCUACCUGGCCUUCCUGGCGGAGCACGCGCCGCAAGAGCCCGACCUGACGGACACCGUGCUCGACCUCAGUCAAGUGCUGAUGGAGCGUACGACCGUGAUGGGCCACGUACUGCCGGCGAGUGACGCCCGCGGCGACCAGAGCUCGCAGCAUCGCGCGCUUUACGCCGCCACACUCAUCUUGCACACGCAUCUCAAGCAGGUGCUGGCGGUCGGGGAGGUGGCGGGGGCGGCGGGGGGCGAGGAGGGCGAGGCGGGUGCGUGGGGCGCGGGCGGUGAGCGCGUGUCGCUGGCGUGGCGCAGUGGCCGCCGCGCCACCGUGCACGUGGUGGUGGCGCACGCGCACCUCAAGCUGCUCUGCUACGGGCCGUCCGUGUAUGAUACAAACCAGGAGAUGUACUCUUGGCUGCAGAGCACGUGGCUCGGACCCGAUGCUCCCGAAACGCUCGCCACCGAGUCUGCCGAGGAGGGCGUGCUGCUCCCUGAUUGGCUGCGGCUGCACCUGGUGCGGUCGGCGCGGCCCGCGCUGCUGGAGGCGGGGCUGCGCUCUCUGCCCGCGCACAAGCUGGCGCUCUUCAUACAGACCUUCGGGAUGCCCGUGCCUGCGAUGAGCGCGCUGCUCAACGCGCUGGACGCGUGCCCGGCGGGCGCCGUAGUGCGGCUGGGCGUGGAGCGCGGCUACAUGGCGCAGCUCCUGCGCGUGCAGCGAGCGCGCGGCGCCACCGGCGGACACGCCUUCGCCGCAGCGCUCCGUCUGCAGCGACCGCCUGCGCCGCCAGAUGACACAUUAUUUGACGAUGAGCCAUUGCCAGAGGAGAUGUCAGAGGCAUGGGAGUGGUCGGAACAGAGCGUAGUUCAGCGUUUGGACGGCGCCUCCACUAAGGCUUUGCUAGACGCUGCGUUCCACGUGGACCAUAUAUACACUGGCGACUAUGAUACCAGCUUUACACAGCUAUAUUCUCAAAUAGCUGAAGAGAGCAGGUCUGGCGGAGGAGCAUGCAUCCGCAGCGCACUAGAGUUCCUCCGCGGUGUUUGCGUCGCUGCGGACAGCGGGCUAGCGGCGCGGCUCUGCGCGCGACCCGCACGUGUUGCGCCGCUCUUACGAGCGCUCGCUCUAGCGGCGCCCCGACUGUUCGCGGAGAUAAGCGGGCCUCUCUUGUCACGUGUGGGACACAUCGGCGGGCCCGUAUGCGACACGCUGCGGGCUCUGACGCAACCCGACGCGCUCAGGACGGGACACGACUGUACUCUGCCCGUGCUGCCUCCCAAGGCUACCAAACAGCAGAUCAUUGCAGCGUUCGAGUCGGCGACGUCCCGCACGCUCGAGGUGAUCGGGAACCGCGUGAUAGAGACGCAGGACACACACGUGAUCGUGGACGCGAUCUCCGAGCUGCUGCACCGCAAUCAGCGCUCCAAGCCGGCCGUCCUCGUGAAGGUGAAGGAAGAGGAGAGCGGAAUAAGAGACGACGUGUGGGAGGGGUCGCUGGGGUGUGGCCUGCUGCUGGACUGGCUGGCAGAGUUGCACACCGACGCCGCGCACAGACUGAUGCGGGUGAUGUUCGUCCACGGAGGCUGCGCCUGGCGGCCGCAGCUGGUGGGCAUGCUGGUGCAGCGUGCGUCGUGGCCCACGCUGCACCGCUGUCUGGAGGAGCUGCUGGGGAGCGGCCCGCAGGGGUGGUCGUGGUCGGCGAGCGCCGUGCUGCAGUUCGCCGAGACCCUGGUGGGCAGCCCUCGCAUCAGCCAGGGCCGCGACCGCAGCGCGCCCGCCGCCCGCGUGCCGCGCGACACGCUCGCACUCACGCAUGCGCAGUUGGAACGGCUGGUGCGGUACGUGGGCGAGGAAGCGUGGGAGGCGCAGGGCGGGCCGGGCGGCGAGCAGCUGCAGGCGGCGCGGCGCCACAUCGAGGCGCGCCUGCCGCUGGUGCUGCGCUGCUGCAGCUCGUCGCACGCGCUGCUGGCGGCCGCGCUGGCCGCCGCCGACUCGCACCCGCUGCUGCUGCUGCUGCUGUACAUGAAGGUGCCCCGCGUGGUGCAGCUACUGCGCGAGUGCGAGGGGCGCGCGGCGCGGGGCGGCGCGGCCGACGCGGUGGCGCGCGCGGCGGACGAGCGCGGGCGGGCGGCGGCGCGGGCCUCCACCAGCGCCACGGACCGCGUGUCGCACACGCUGCUCACGGCGCUGGCGGCCAGUGCCGACGCGCACCACUCCAAGGACCACGGCAACAAGAUGUGGCGGAUAGAGAGCGCGGUGCGCGCGGUGUGGUCGCGCCAGGUGGGCGCGGGCGAGCGCGCUCUGCCGCUGGCGGGCGCGCUGCUCCGCGGCGUGCGCGUGCGGCACCGCCACCAGCUGCUGGCCGCGCUCGAGAUGCUGCCCGACAACGAGCUCUUCGCCGCGCCCGCCAGUGACGAGAUCCACGGCAUCCUGGAGUGUUUCCUGACGCUGGUGUGCGGCGCGGGGGAGUCCCGCGGCGGCAGCGGCGCGCUCCCGCACCGCGUGGCCGCGCUGCUGCGGCGCUACCUGGCCGCCCGGCCGCAGCGUGCGGCCUCGCUGCUGCACAAGCACCGCGACAUCAUAGCGUCGCAGCCUGCUCUGAGCGCCGUGUUGUCGGGCGACACGAGUGCGUCGGUAGCUCCGCCCCCGCUGGCACUGGAGGCGCUACAACGCCGAACCGCGCCGCCGCACGAAUUGCUGGCGCACACCCAGGAGUUGGAGGCGUGGGGCGUGCGACGUGGCGGCGCGUGGGGCGGGCGACGCAGCGCGGACGCCAUCUUGCGGGCCGUGGCGCCGCUGGCCGCCGCCCCGCUCCCCGCGCUCAGGCAGGCCGCGCUCUCGCUGCUCGCCAAGCUGCUGCCGGCCGCCUGCGACACGCAGCCAGGCAUGGACGCUAUCUUGGAGUGCCUGGAGUCGCAGCAGCCCGAGGUGGUGGCGGGGGCCCUGGAGCGGCUGCCCGAGCUGCUGGCGGGCCUGCCGGAGCGCGGCGCCGGCCUGCUGGCGCGCGUGUUCGAGCUGGGCCUGCGCUCGCGGGCGGCCGCCGACGUGUGCCUCGCCAAGUGUGUGGCCACCAUCAACCUGCACCGCGCCUGCUGACCUGCUCCUCCACUGUCCACUGUCUGCGCGCACAAGAGAAUGUGGGUGGCGGUGAUUACUUAACACCGGUUGACCGGUACGCUGGAUUGCCCUCCUUUUUCCAUAAAAAAACACUUCAUUGUUCAAUCUUUUAUAAUAAUUUAGAGUUUAUUUGUCUCAAGGUGACGAGCGCUAUUAUAUUGCCGCUUAGAAUUUUUGUGUUUCCAAGAAUCAUGAGCGGCACUGCAUUGUAAUUGGCAGUGCGUGUCAAUUACCAUCAGCUGAACGUCCCGCUCGUCUCGUCCCUUAUUUUCAUAAAAAAAACUUUUAAAUCCUACUUUUCCAAUUUCAUUCAGUAAAAUUAUAUUAUGGAACUAAUAAAUAAGCAAGAAAUUGUAUCCCUGAUGUACAUUUACGUAAUAUUAAUCAUCCAAGAGUUUGUGUAUAAUAUUGAUGUACCUAUUUGAAAUAUUUUAACACGACACAAUAAAUCUAUUACACAUUGUAAGUAAAGAACUAAUUAUUGAUCUAAAAGAUUGAUAAAAACCUAAUUGAAAACAAUUUAAAUGUUAAACUAGAGUUAAAUAGUCAUAACUUUAUAAAUUGUAAUUAACACAUAUGUUGCAAAAUUAUACCUAUUGUAUAAUAAUUUAUAAAUAUUUUUUCUAUAAUAUCGACUGAUCACAAAUGUCUACUGUUUUAUAAGAAUCAUAAAAAUUCAACUUCUUUGUUUCUUUUCUAUUCAAGAAUAAUGUGAACAUAGUAUACUUGCUGCAGUUGAAUGUUUCCGUCUCAUUGUGAAGUAGAUAAACAAAUGAAAUAGAGCUAACAAUCUAGAUAUGUUUUAAGAUCUCCAUCUUUAGUAAAAAAUAAAGUUGAAGCAAAUAGUUGUCUUAUUCGUAAAUCUAUACAAACCUAGGAGAGACGGGGCAUAAUAAGGAUGUUAAGGAAAAUCUAUAUCAAUAAAAUAAUAGAGGUUUUAAUUUGCGAAUCACGGAAAAACUUCUGGAUAGAUGUCAUUGAUGAGUUCUAAGUUUUAUUGUUAUGAGUAUAAUAAUAAUUAUAAUAUAUUUAUUUGCAAAAAACAUAGUAUACAAUGGUGUUUAUAUAUUAUAAUAAUGAGCUUUUAUGUUUUGCCAGCACUAUUCCUAGCAUGCAAAUAUUUAACCACAAUGAAUAUCAGAAUUUCAUUUCCAUAAACUCCUUAACACUAUAAAAAUUAUAACCAUUUAGCCAAUAUAGUAUAUAAGACACUUGGCCCUAUCUAAGAAAUAGUGUGAUAUUUUCAUAUAAUAUAAAGUUUUUUGGGGACUCAUCUUUAGGAAAUUUUAAAAAUAUGCACAUAUAUGUGAUCAACAAAGGUCAAACCUUUUCUACCAAGUUGUCUGUAAAAUUUGUCAAGCUCUAGUAUAAUAAUAUUUUACCUUUUAGCACUGCCUAGCCUCAAUAACAAAAAAUAAUACCAAAAUGUUGGCAAAUGAGAAAUUAAGAAUUUGGUGUGCAGUAAGAACAUGUGAUUGUGUAAAUUAUAAAUAUAUUGUCAUCGUGUCACUAAUAAAAAAAUAAAGUUUUUUGAUAAAU